UUCUAGCCAGGGUGUUCUGGUAUCUGACCAUGAUCCUCCAGUUCAUGUCACCAAGGCGAGGCAAAUCCCUGCUGUCGAAGGAGCCCUAGGAUAAAAAAAGCGUUGACCUUCGAAGCUCGUGCACGACAAGUGCAGAAUAGUGCUACCCCGCGUUGACGUUGUUGUUGUUGUUGUCAAGAUAGGCUGAGUCUUAGCAACGCAUUCAUAAAGACAGACGAAUGCAUGAUGUCUCUGCACAAGUGAUCUCUGGUGUCUUUGAGGUCACCGGUGCCAGCAUCAACGUCGGUGUACAUGGUAGCUUGAAACCUCAGAAAUGUAUUUGGUUGUUCGAGGACAGAUUUAAAGCCCCUGGAAACCCCAGUCCACGAUAUCAUCAGGUUUGGUUCCGACUCCGUUCCUGGGGCGUUGCUACGCAGCGAACUGUAUUCAAGUAGGUUGUGGCAAUAUUUUAAAUGCGCAGUCAGUUGUGUAAUCUGUUACGCAACUUGAAGAUUGAGAAUCUCGAUUAGCAACCGGUCGAUCGUCGCAUUAGUUCCGCCGUUGUCAUAGUGGUGCAACGCUCUAUGGCGUCGGCCUGGUACGUUCGCCUCUGCGCUGUGGUGAUAAUAUUGAGCUUGGACUCCUUUGUGUCUGCUUCGAAGUAUGAUAAGGUCCAUCAUAACUCGGGGACGCAUCAUGUGCCCGAUGGCGGCUUACGGGACAAUUACUACCACCGAAGCUGUCCCCACGUCGAGAAGAUUAUCUUCAAAGAAAUUUCCAAGUGUUUCAAAGCAGACAAGAAGAUUGCACCUGGCAUCCUACGCAUGUCAUUUCACGACUGCUUUGUCCGGGGGUGCGACUGCUCCUUGCUUCUGAAGGGGAAUAACACGGAGCGGUCGUCUCGUAGCAACGCUAACUUGCACGGGUUUGAAGCGCUGAACGCUGCGAAGGAUGCUGUCGAGAAGGCCUGUCCAGGAGUUGUGUCGUGUUCUGAUGUCCUGCAAUACGCUACUCGUGACGUAGUCAUACUGGCUGGCGGCUUCGGAUGGAACGUGCCUGGUGGCCGCAGAGAUGGGACUGUCUCCAAGGUGGAGGAUGUAAACUUAACUAAUUUGCCCUCUCCACGCGCGAACGCUACCAACCUAAUCCAACUGUUCGAGAGCAAGGGAAUGACUCUUGCUCAAAUGGUGGUCCUAUCAGGGGCUCACACGAUCGGCAAAGCCACCUGCAUCACAUUCGACAAUCGCCUCCACUCGGAUAUCCCCGAACCGUAUGCCGACCCUUAUUCCCCGAGUUUCAAGUUGUACUUGAAGUCGCAGUGCCCUAAUCCGAAUAUGUUUGUCCGUGUGAACUUGGAUUCCACUCCAGAAAAAUUUGAUGGACGGUAUUUCCAUGAUCUCGUUCACCAUCGAGGUCUGUUGACCUCCGAUCAGACUCUGAUGAGCGACUCCCGCACUAGACACUGCGUUUACAAGAACAGGGACGACGGCGUAUUCAAGAAGAAUUUUGCUGAAGCCAUGGUAGCCAUGAGCAAGAUUGGGGUGCUCACUGGGAAGGAUGGCGAAAUCCGGAGACGUAUGGAAGUGGUGAACAGCAAGUAAGUUGAAUCACUGCCGAACCAGCUGUUUCUGCUUGUCCCGGCGACGAAGGUAGUCAGCAUGCAAGAUCCUUUCACCGGAGGCUGGAUCCAAAAUAUAAUGGGCGUCGAAGGCGGUUUGUUUUCUGGGUUCGUGCAGAUUGAGGGGACCAGUACAUGAGAAGCAUUGCCCUUGAGUUGACCAAUAAUGAAGUAGAGGGUGCGGAAGUGGGGCUCUAAUUUCAACGACCAAGAAUGGUCAAGAAAUGAGAAUUGCACUUGAUCAUUCUUGGUCACUAUUUCUUCACAUUUCAUGUAGUAUUGCAUUCUCUCGUCAGAUGCAAGUCAUUUGAUUAUAUAUUAUCAUUCAUUAUCAUGUAUGCACGAAAUAGGUGAUUGUAGGACCUGUUUCUGCUCAGGGGAAAGGUCAAUAAAGUGACCUAUGAGGUCGUAUUAACUUGUAUCUU